CGCCAUGCCGCCUCGAGCGAUGUCUGAAGACAAUCAGAGCACUUGGUCCAGGGCACGCUUCCCGUUUCACACUCCUCGUCACACCUUUCCUCCUCGUCACUCCUCUCUCGAUCUCGCAGAGUUUGCUUCGGUCUCUAGCCAAAUGGCCACCCCCGCGCCAGCAGAACACGAGUCCGUCGAGGUCCACAACGCCGACCACGACCACUUCGCCGACCACGACCACUUCGCCGACAACCACCACCUCGUCGACAACCACCACCACGUCGACGACGCCGAAGACGUGGUCAUCAUCAAGAGUAACGAAAGCGACAGAGGUCGCGACACACCCAUCAGCAUGAUGGAGGAGCAACAGGGAGGAAGCCGUGAGAACUCCAUGCCCCCACACUUCCCCCUCUCGAACGAGGAGCAGCGCCAGGCGAUGGCCCGCCGCCGCGAGGCUGCCGUCUGCUUCAAGUUCCAGGUCGAGGAGUGCCGCCUGGCCCUGAGGUACUCCGUCGUCGGGUGGACUGGCACCCUGGAUCCGGCCAAGAUCCCCGCAGCGCUCUCCAACGCCCCCUCGAUCCGCGACCUCAACAGGCAGAUGGACGUCCUCCAGCACAAGCUGGCGCCCUUCCUCCCGACCGAGGACGACAACAACAACAACAACCCAGCCGUCCCCAGCUUCCAAGGCCUGGGCCCCGAGUCCCUGCGGGCCGUGCACGAGACCCGCGAGGAGCUGCUGUCCAUCGCGCCGGGGAACAAGCCCAUGAGGCACAUCCAGCCCGUGCUGCGGCGCAUCGAGCGCGACGCGCGGGACGCGGGGGUCCUGCCGCCCGAGGACAACCUGGGGUGGGUGUGGUCGCUCUCGUAUGACGACUGGUUCAUCUGGCAUGCUGGGGAGGAGGUGUUUGUCUCUGCCCGGCUUGAUAUCCGGACUGAUUUCGUGGCGGCCUGA